AUGGAGCUGUGGGAGCAGACCAAUCGCGCCGCCGCUUUUGGCGACAACCUGUUUUCCCUCGAAGACCGCCGUGGUCGGCCCAUGGUCAUCGCGCCCACCCACGAGGAAGUGAUCACCAACGUGGUUAAAAGCAACGUGCAGUCUUACCGGGACCUGCCCGUCAUCCUGUACCAGAUGCAGACCAAAUUCCGCGACGAACCUCGACCCCGCGCCGGCCUGGUGCGCGUCCGCGAGUUCACCAUGAAGGACGCCUACUCCUUCGACACCGACGAGGAUGCGCUGGAUGUGUCGUAUCAGGCCAUGGCCCAAGCCUACCGCAACGUCUUCCGCCGCUGCAGCGUGCCGGUGCUCAUGGCCGAAGCCGACAGCGGCGCCAUCGGCGGCAAGGACUCCCACGAGUUCCUGCUGCCCACCCAUACCGGCGAGGAUACCGUCAUCACCUGCCCCGGCUGCGGCUACACCGCCAACGCCGAGAAGGCCGCCGGCGUCUACCCCACGCAGGACAUUCCCGACCCGCUGCCCCUGGAAGCCGUCAGCACCCCCGGCAUCAAGACCAUCGCCGGCCUGGCCGAUUUCCUGGGUGUGACCGAAUCUCAAACCCUGAAAGCCGUGUUCUAUCACGCUGACGAUGAGGUUGUGUUCGUGACGAUUCGCGGUGAUCUGGAGGUCAACGAGGUCAAGCUCAAGAACGCCCUGCACUGCAACGACCUGCGCCUCGCCGACGAUGAUGAAGUGGCGGCGGCGGGCCUGGUGGCCGGUUCAGCUUCGGCCAUCGGCAUCAGCAACAUUCGCCGCAUCGCCGACCCGUCCAUCCACAACGGCGGCAACUUUGUGGUCGGCGCCAACCAGCCCGACACCCACUACCGGAACGCCAACCACCCACGGGACUUCGAAACCGACCUGCUCACCGACAUCGCCCUCGCCCAACCCGGCCAUCUCUGCACCGUCUGCGGGUCCGAGUUGCAGGCCACCCGCGGCGUGGAGGUCGGCCACAUCUUCAAGCUGGGCACGUUCUUCAGCGAGGCCCUGGGCGCCAACUACCUGGAUCAGGAUGGUCAGCAUCAGCCCAUCGUUAUGGGGUGCUACGGCAUCGGCGUCAGCCGGGUCCUGGCCGCUGCCAUCGAGCAAAACCACGAUGAAAACGGCAUCAUAUUCCCGUCCCCCAUCGCCCCGUACCAGGUUUAUCUGGUGGGCCUGAACAUGUCAGACGAGAGCGUGGCCGCCGCCGCCACCAAACUGUACGACCAGCUCUGGGCCGCUGGCGUGGAGACCCUGUUUGACGAUCGGGAGGAUGCGGCAGCCGGCGUAAAGUUCAACGACGCCGACCUUAUCGGCCUGCCCCUGCGCCUGGUGGUAAGCCCGCGCAACCUGCGCCAGGGGAUGGUGGAAGUGCGCCGCCGCACCGAGUCGGAAGCCCAGAUGGUCGCCGUGGAAUCGGUGGUUGAUACGGUGCGUAAUCUGCAGCUGGAGGGUUAG